CUCUCCCAUCACUUCCUUCCUAAACCCUAGAAAAACCUAGACAACAGCUGGGGGAAAAAAAUGGAGCUCUCGUUGAGCGGGAACGCCCUGAAGACCUUCAAUCGCUCCAUCACCUCCCUCGCCCGCAUCGGCACCGAGCUCGUGCUCCAAGCCUCUCCGUCUCAGUUGGUGUUACACACUCUCAAUUCGUCUCGAUCUGCGUACCAAUCGAUCACGUUCAAGCCUGAUUUCUUCGACUCGUUCCACCUUCAACCUAACGAUUCGAACGGUUCGGAUCAGAUUCAGUGCAGCGUCCUUUUGAAGUCGGUGUGCUCGAUUCUUCGAACGCCGAUCUCGAAUGUGGAUAGACUCUCUGCGGUCUUGCCCGAUGCCGAGGCGUCCAAGCUCCAGUGGACGCUUCAGUGCCUCAAUGGUGUGAAGAAGACAUAUUGGAUUAGUUGCAAUGUUGAACCUGACAUUCAACACUUGUCCCUGGAUCGAAGAAGAUUCCCAAGUAGUCUUGUUGUGAAGCCUAGAGAGUUGACACGCUUACUGUCAAAUUUCCAGACAUCACUCCAGGAGAUCACUAUCAUUGCUACGGAGCCCUCGGCAAUGCCUUCUGAUGCUGCAGGAGAAAUUGGGGGAAAGGCAGUGGAGUUGAGAAGCUAUAUUGAUCCUACUAAAGAUAAUAGUGAUGCAGCACUGCAUACACAGCUCUGGAUUGACCCUGCUGAAGAGUUUUUACAGUAUACACAUUCUGGCAAUCCUGUUGAUGUUACUUUUGGGUUGAAGGAACUGAAGGCAUUUCUUUCAUUUUGUGAAGGAUGUGAGGUCGAUAUACACCUGUUCUUCGAGAAAGCUGGCGAACCCAUAUUAAUGUCACCAAGAUUUGGGUUUGAUGAUGGGUCAAACUCAGACUAUGAUGCAACUCUUGUGCUUGCUACUAUGCUUGUUUCACAAAUUGCUGAAGGGAUUGUAACAGAUCAGCAACCAGCUGCUUCAGUACCUCAUGCCCAAAAUACUCGAGGAAAUGCUUCGCAGUCGGAAAGAAGUAGAUCUGGCAUCGGGCCAGCAGUUUCUGAGCAUCCUUCCGAUAACACCAAGAUCUGGUCUGACCUUUCAGGAAGUGCUGCUAGAAGCUCUGACGGAAACAGAAGCAGGCCGGCUCAAGCGGAAAGAAAUCCAACUGUGCAGCAUGACAUGCCAAUGCCAGACAUGAUGAAUCCGUCAAAGGAGCUGCCUGCACGAGAUGAAGCUCCUAAUACACGACAAUGCAUGGAAACCGAUCAUCCGGGUGAACCUCAAGGUGGAACUGAGGUGAAUGGCAAUCCUUAUUCGCAGCAUCACCCAAGCAAUUGGGUAGAUGCAGGUGAUGAUGAAGACGAAGAUGAUGAAGGUGACUUGUAUGUUCAGUCAACACCGCAGUUUUAUGAUUAACAAAAGAGCUGCGGAAUCUUUAUAUCCGACAUCCGUUCAAGUCUCUAUUAAAGAUUGUAAGCUUGUGCUGAAGAUUUUUUGAGCUUCAUUUUAGCGGGUGCCCAUUUCUUGUUCAUUAACAGGUUGAAAAAUCUGAGUUUGUUGGCCAUCUCAGUUUGCUUUUCCAACUUUGAUCAACAAGAUGCCAGAUGUUCUGUUCCUAUUCAAUUGUAAUAUUGUAUUUAGCUAACAAAGUGAGUUGUCUACUAAGCUGUAUAUCCUAGAAUUCUUUUGCAGCAAUUUGUGCAAACUGUUGGUAUAUAACAUAUAACAUAUCAGAAGGUUCUUUUCCAUAA